CCACGCAACGUAAUGGAGUGACGUAUUUUUUUCUACGUGUCCGGAAGUUAGCAGAGAAACAUGGCGUCUCAACAGAGCGAUGUUGAUGAACUGUUUGAUGUGAAAAAUGCGUAUUACAUCGGCAGUUUUCAACAAUGUAUCAACGAGGCUCAGAAAGUAAAGCCUUCAUCGCCCGAGAAAGAAGUUGAAAGAGACACGUUUUUGUAUAGGGCUUACAUUGCUCAGAGGAAGUAUGCUGUUGUCCUGGAUGACAUCAGAGGCAACUCUCCUCCAGAGCUUCAGGCCGUGAAGAUGUUUGCCGAGUAUUUGUCCAGUGAAAACAAAAGGGAUGCUAUUGUUGCUGAUUUGGAUAAAAAGAUGGCAAAGAGUGUGGAUGCUGCCAACACCACCUUCCUUCUGAUGGCCGCUUCCAUUUAUUACCAUGAGCAGAACACGGAUGCUGCUCUCAGAACUCUGCACCAAGGAGAAAGUCUGGAGUGUAUGGCGAUGAGCAUUCAGGUGCUUCUGGGUUUGGAUCGAGUUGACUUGGCAAGAAAAGAGCUGAAGAAGAUGCAGGAGCAGGACGAGGAUGCUACUCUCACCCAGCUAGCCACAGCUUGGGUUAACAUUGCUGUGGGUGGAGAGAAGCUGCAGGAUGCAUACUACAUUUUCCAAGAGAUGUCUGACAAAUACUCGUCGACGCUGCUGCUCCUGAAUGGACAGGCUGCCUGUUACAUGGCUCAGAACAAGUGGGAGGAGGCCGAGGGAGUCCUGCAGGAGGCUCUGGAUAAGGACAGCAGCCAUCCUGAGACGCUGAUCAACCUCAUCGUGCUGACACAGCACUUAGGCAAAGCUCCCGAGGUUACAAAUCGGUAUCUCUCGCAGCUGAAAGAUGCACACAAAGCCCACCCGUUCCUGAAAGACUAUUUAGCCAAGGAGAACGAGUUCGACAGACUGGCCAUGCAGUACGCCCCGACCGCGACGGCCUGAAGCUUCAGCUUCCAUCGCCGUGGAAACAAAUCAUUUGAAAUAUUAUUUAAAAUUAUUCCCGAAAAUUAACACAAAUAAACAUUUUUCAUACAUAUUUCAGCAUAUGUGUAAUGUAAACAUUCCUGUAAAGUGAUAAUAAAGAAAAAAACUCCA